ACAUGCACAUACACACGGUCGUGCGCACGCACAUACGCACAUUCGUAUGUACUUUAUAACAUCACAGACUUCUAUUAUGUAGAAAUCUGUGUAAUGUAAUAAUCUCGUUUUGUCUUCCCGUGUACGCACAUACGCACGCACAUACGCACGCACAUACACACGCUCGUGCACACGCACAUACGCACGAGUUUCGAUGUAUACGAAUCGAUAAUCUACCUCUGCCGCGGUUCACAGUAUUCACACGCAUGCGCGUAGGCCGUAGACAUUUCGGAUUCAGAAGCUUUACACGUUCCCUCUGUUGGAAGGAGCCACUGCCCAAUGGUGAAUUUCGUUAAUACGCUACGCUGAAGGAAAGAGUCGCUCUGUUAUUCUAGAAUCUACAUAGCCACGCCAGUCGGUAUUUUACAAAUAACAGAUGUUCUGAAACAAUAAAAUCCAUUACAAUUGGAUCUAAUAAAAGCCCAGCUAGCCACAAUAAUAUUUCCAACUCAAUAAUUCCAAUCAAUAUUCUCUAAGAUAAACAAUGGACCAACAAAAAUCAUCUGAUAACGGCGACAUUACUAAACAACAAUCUGAUUCAUUACAUAAUAAAAAUUCAUUCUUUAAUUUUUCUACCAAGAAAAAAGAAUAUUAUUCAUCUUUUGACCAAAAAGAUAAUGUUUGGGUUGAACAUUGUUUCAUAACUGCAUAUAUGCAAAGGAAUGCAUCAAACGAACAUUUGUUUAAGGGAAUACACCUUCCGACUUAUGUGCAAUAUUCUGCAGUUUGUGUUAAGUGCAGACUUCGAUCAUGUACUACAAUUUGUGAAAAAUGUCAACAUGAAUUCAAUCUUAGUGCUGAAGCAAUUCAAGAUCCUAAUAAACGAUAUAUUACCACUAUGAAGUUGAUUGUCGAGAAGACUGCUGAUGUUCCUUCAAGUUCUUCUAUUGAUACCAUAAAUACAAAGGAUGGCAAGGAGACAAAGAAACUUGAAGAAGAAAAAGCAGAUAAUAAUAUUGAUGAGUGCGAAAGUAAAAAUAUCCAUUCUGAACAACAUGAAGUUAACCAGGAGAAUAAAGAAAUCGAAGAAUCUUUAUCAGACAAUGAGCAGUCAUCUAGCAGUGAUGAUAAUGAAUCUGUACCAAGUGCUAGUGGAGUUGACAUAAUAUAUCCACAAAUAAUUAUUGAUAACCCAAAUCUUCGCUGUACAAAAUUAUAUUAGUAUGAUUGCCAAACCUAAAAAUUAAUCUUAAUUUCUUUAAAUUAAAAUAUAAUUGAUUUGAAAAAAUCUAUUAAUUUUUUGUGUGUUUAUAUUUUUUAUACAAUUAAAUUAGUGUAAUAUUAAAUUAUAAAUAAAUUGAUUGAAUACAAAUUACUUAAUAGUACACUAUAAUGUAUCGUCUUUUUGUUUAACUAUUUUAUUUAAUAUAAUAUUAUAUUGUUUUACACACUUUGUUUUUACUAUUUUUUAAGUAUUCAUAAAUAGUAAUAAAAUAUAAUAAUUUGACGCUUAUUGUGUUAUAUAUUGGUCUUUUACAUUGUGGCCAAUACGUAACAUGGUCAGUGCCGGAUUUAAGAUUUGUAUGGCCUUAUAAGAGCACUUU